AUGACUCAACUACAUUCAGUACUAUCCCCAGUGUUUCCUGCCGAAACAUCAGUGGAGAUUACUGGUGACUGUAUUCCAUUGGCUGAAACAUCUUCCAUACAAUUAUUUAUCAAAUUGGCUGAACCAAAAGUGUUCUUACAAGGAUUUGAGUCUCGUCAUAUUUCAGAAAAGCAACCAAGUAUAUUAAGAGGCUCUCUUAUUGUAAGGGUCCUUAAACCAACGAGAAUAAAAAAUAUAUCGUUAUCCUUUAAGGGUUAUUCGAGAACAGAAUGGCCUGAGGGGAUUCCACCGAAAAGACAAGAUUUUGUUGAAAUUAAUGACAUUAUCAAUCAUACUUGGCCCUUUUAUCAAACUGAUCAUAACGUUACAGCCACAUCGGGAAAUCCCGUUACAAGUACAAAUGAUAAACUGUCUCAAUCAGGUAAUAAUAAAGUGGAAAACAUGCUAUUGAAGAAAAGUGGUGCUUCCGUUUAUCGGAAAUUACCCAAUUCAAGUAAAAGAUCAAGUAGUGUAUUGUUAAAUCAUUCAAACAAUAAUUCAUCCUCGAAUCUAACAGCUUCAACUACACAUAAUAAUAAUAACAACAAUAAUAAUAAUAAUCUUGUCUCCCCAAAUGGCACUGUUUCACCAUCCUUAAGAAAUUCAAGAAACAGAGCUACCUCUAAUGCUUCUCGCUCAUCAUCAGUAUCGAGAAGCUUAUCACCAAUGGCAUUAUUUAGAAGAGCUGCUACAAUACCAUCUGAAAAUAUAAAUUCAUCAACUAAUACCACUCGUAGUCAUAAUAAUAAUCAUAAUCAUAAUAAUAUUCAUAAUACCAACGAGAGACCCACUCAUUCACAUUCUUCCUUAAUAUCAGACCUAUUUAAUUCAACAUUCUCCUCGGCAUCUUUGACAGAUUCUUCAGCAAAUACCAACAAUAACACAUCAGACAGCAAUAAUACCCUUAAUGACGCCAAUUAUCAUCACCAUUUCAUUUUUCAAACCGGUGAUUACAUAUAUGCCUUCGAACAAUUAAUUUCUCAAUCAUACCCAGAAACAAUAAAGGCAGAUUUCGGCUUUGUGGAAUAUUUCUUGUACGUCAGUGUAGAAAGAUAUGGUGCUUUCAAAUCAAAUAUCACUGCAAGAUUACCCAUUCAAAUAAUAAGAACUCAAUCAGAUACUUCUGUGGAGGAAAGUGAACCAAUAACUAUCUCAAGAGAUUGGGAAAAUCAAUUAUUUUAUGACAUUGUCAUUGCAUCAAAAGAUAUCAUACUAGAUGCCUUCUUGCCAAUAACUUUCAAAUUCUCUCCCUUAGAUAAAGUUACUUUACAUAGAGUUAGAAUUUAUGUGACAGAAACAAUGGAAUAUUAUUGUAAUGGUAAGAAAAUUCAUAGAAUGGAACCCACGAAGAAAUUCCUUCUAGCAGAACAUAGAGGUCCACGAUUACCAACUGCUCCACCGGAAGAUCCAAAUCAUAAAUCGAAAUCAAAGGCAAAAUAUAUGGGUAAUCUUUUAGAAGAUCCAGUCAGUGGAGAUUUAAUUAAUAAAGACUUUGAAUUCCAAGUUUAUGUGCCAACAAAGUUCGGUAAUCAUCAACAAUUACAUCCUGAUUCCACUUACGAGAAAAUCAAAUCAAAUCAUUGGAUUAAAAUUUGUCUUAGAUUAUCUAAAAUGGUCGAAGACAAGAGGAAACAUUAUGAAAUUAGUAUUGAUUCGCCAAUCCACGUAUUACAUAAAUUAUGUUCUCAUGCAAAUACUCUUUUACCAAGUUAUGAGUCUCAUAUUCUCUCAAAUACUGGUAACUUAGAUGAUCCUUCAUCAAAUUUACUUGGGAAUGAAUCAUCAAAUGAUAAUAUUUAUCAUAAUUCAAAUGUUUUCUUUCCGAAGGAAAUUCUUUUAUCGCCAGUCCUUUCACCUGGAGUACAUCCAUUAGAUCAAACAGCUGUGCCGAACAACAAUCCUCAACAUCAAUCGAUAAAUGCAAAAAGACCGAAUUAUAGUAGAACUAGAUCACAACAGUCUUUAAAUGAUACAUCUAAUAAUGAUGAUGAUAAAAUCUCAAUGGAUAUUUUCAAUUCACCUAAAUUAAAAUCAAACAUAUAUCACCCUGAUUCUAUUCAAAGAGAAUUGGCUUCUCCUCAAGCUAUACCUUUAUCCCCAAUUGUAUCUCCAAAUUUAAGGCCAUUAUCAUUAGCGUUAAGUGACAUCGAUGCUGAUGAUAAUUUUGAUAGAAUUGAUGGUUGCACGAAUGACACUAAUGAUCCUCCGCCAUCUUUUGAUUUCAGUUCUGAUAGCACCAACGAACCUAACAUUCAUGUUAAAACUACAACAUUACAUUCUUCAUCGGAAUCUUCAAAAACGGAUUUAUUACCAAGAAAUCCUCCAUCUUAUGUUGAUGUUCUAAAAAAAGAUGGAAUCAAAUCUAUUGAGCCAAGUGUCGGCUCUUCAAUUCUUCCCCGCAUAACAUUGAAUAGAUCUCAAGAGUCAAUCGUGAGUCUUCCUCAUAAUCAUAAGUAUCAUCCACACCAUUCCUCCAAAUUACAGACUCGUAAGUCCAUAAAGGAACAAUUGACAUCAUCAUCAGCAAUAAAUCCAACGGAAUCUAUAUCCUCUAAUACAAAGAAUGAAGACUGGGAUAUUGCUUCCAAUUUUAAUUUCCAUGGUACAAAUUUACCUUCGGGUAUCCUUAGAAACACUGCAGCACAAACAAAUCAACAACAACAAUACCCAUUACGAAGAAACAGUAUUCAAGAUAUAUUACCAUCUACGUUAAGAAAUGAUAAUAGAGGGUUCAGUGAUUUGAACCAAAUACUCGAUGAGGAUAAAGAAGAUGAUCAUGAACAAAAUUAUUUACAAGUUGGUGGCAAUUCUUCAGAUAUAGGUCAAUCUUCCUCAACAAGAUCUUCCUUCGAUAGAUCAAGUAUAAUUCAACCUCUCGGUCAAACAGAUACCCAGCCAUUAUUGGGAUCAACUCAAGAGUCAUUAAUGAGUAAUUCAAACGUCUCCGUGGGAAGCAAUUACGACAAUACUAAUUACAAUUCAUUGAACGUGUUCGAUGCUACCAUGAAUCAAUCAAGAACUUCUAUGUCAGAUAUCUGCGAUACUUCAUUACCUUUGGAUUCAUCCGUUGACAUGACAGCUUUAUAUGAUAGAAACCCAAAUGUGUGGCACCCUUUGCAGUUGAAUGAUGAAAAUGACAAUAAUGGAUUGUCUCCUAUGUUAAGAAAUAACUUCCAAUUCGAUAAUUUCAAAGAUUCACAUUCUGAUGAUCGAGAAACUACGCCGAAACCUGAAUUUCCUCCUCAUAAGAGAGAAAAUGAUUCGAAAGAGCACAAUGACGAUGGUCGUGAUGACGAGGACGACGAUGAUGAUGAAGAAGAAGAUAUUGAUGUCUUGCACGAGGACAAUGGGUCAUCAAGUCAACAAUCUGGUUCUAUUAACCGACCUUCUAAUGAAUUUGAAUCUAAAAAUAUUAUAAAUAAUAUUGAUGGAGAGACCUUAAGAAGGAGCUACGAUGAUGGUAUUUUACAAUGA